GUGGAGCGCCGGUGUGUGAACGACCUGUCGAAAGACUAAAUGUUGUAUUUACCUAUUUUGACUACCUGUUUCUUUUAUGUUUCGACACUAUUUCGAUUUUAUCUCUUUUUCGAAUCGUUCCACCAUUAAAGGGAAAUAAACAUUGGUGAAAGAUUUAAGCAACAACUGAGAAAAAUCACGUCAAGGGGGUCGCAUCACGUACUGUCCUAUCUCGAAUCGUGAUAAGUAAGUUACGGGUAUUAUGUUUUUGAAAGUGUGUAAAAAUUGUACCUAAGAAUGGACCACUUGUUGAAGGGCGAUGUUUGCGAAAAAGAAAAAGAAACCACAAAUAUCUACCCCAACAAAUUUUGAACAUCGUGUGCAUACAGGGUUUGACAAACGUGAAGGGAAAUUCAUUGGACUUCCUUUACAAUGGGCUUCUAUUGUUGGGAAUAAUCAAAUUUUAAAGUCUACAAAUAGACCGCUGCCUCUAGUAGAUCCGAGUGAAAUUACACCUACAGAAAUCCUAGAUUUAAAAACAAUUGUUCGUGGUCAUAAUGACCCGAAGGCAAGGACAUCAAAUGCAGAAAAAAAUACUGAAAAUGGCUUGCCUAAGACUAGUACUGUUGCUAGAUCUAAUUCACUUCGUUCUUCAAGUCCUCCAAGACUUAGAAGAGAUUAUAGGCAUAAUAGUAAUUUGCCACCCUCAGUGCCAGAAGGUCAAGAAGUACCGCCUAAUGCUAAUCAAGUACAGGGAUAUGUCAGCUAUGGAAAGCAACACAAUUAUCUUGAUAAAUUGAGACAACAAAAUUCCUUUAACGUUACAGGCAACAUGAAUCCUAGUGUACAGAACAUGAUCCCAAAUUUGCAAAAUCUCAAUCCAAAUAUGCAAUCUUCUCCUAAUUUAACACACGCUGGCUCAAAUCCUCCAAAUUUGUCUUUAAAUUUUCAAAAUUUGAGUCCUAUUUCGACUCCUCAAUGUCCCACCCAAAGUCCAAGCACUCCCCAGCUUACAGAAUCUGAAUUCCAUAGGCUAAAUACUCAAAUAAAUGCUGCUUCCGGCCAAUACAAUGGGAAUGUUCAGAUUUCAAACGUGGAGUCAUCGUCCAGGGACCAGCAAUUAAAUCAAAAUACUCAUUUGCAUAAACUGCAGCCGAAAAUUUCACCUGUGGGUUCUAUUGCUUCACAGCGACCACUAAGUCAAUUAAGUACGCAUAACGUCAAUAAAUAUUCGCAAGCGUACAGUACACCGGAAAAUCCGUCCAUCUUGCAAUCUCAUAUGAAAAAGCCGAUUGAGACGUCUCAAUCGAUGCAUAAUCUAUCAAAGUCCAGUUUACCGUCCUCUGGAAACAACGCGACCCCGGACCAAAAUCAGAAUAUGAAGAGCGCUCUGUCUUCGGGAAAUUUAACGGUCGGUUCAGGCUCGGGUUCAAGUACGUCCAAUAAGCAAACAGCGGAACAAAGACUCACCCAUGAACAAUUCCGAGCGGCUUUACAGAUGGUCGUGAGUCGAGGUGAUCCAAGAGAAAAUUUAGAAAAUUUCCUUAAAAUCGGCGAAGGAAGUACAGGAACGGUAUGUAUAGCGACCGAAAAGAAUACGAAUCGACAAGUGGCUGUAAAGAAAAUGGAUCUAAGGAAACAACAGAGACGCGAAUUACUGUUCAACGAAGUUGUAAUUAUGAGAGAUUAUCACCAUCCGAACAUUGUCGAAAUGUACGAUAGUUUUUUGGUAGACGAUGAACUAUGGGUCGUAAUGGAAUAUCUUGAAGGUGGAGCGCUCACAGAUAUCGUUACGCAUUCCCGAAUGGAUGAAAGUCAGAUCGCUACAGUGUGUUCUCAAUGUUUGAAGCCACUUGCCUAUUUACAUUCCCAGGGUGUUAUUCACAGAGACAUCAAAUCCGAUUCUAUACUAUUGACAGCCGACGGUAGAGUCAAGUUGUCCGACUUUGGUUUUUGCGCUCAAGUAUCUCAAGAGUUACCACGGCGAAAAUCUCUCGUCGGAACGCCGUACUGGAUGAGUCCUGAAGUUAUAUCAAGGUUACCGUAUGGUCCCGAGGUAGAUAUUUGGUCAUUAGGAAUAAUGAUCAUUGAGAUGGUCGAUGGAGAGCCACCGUUCUUCAAUGAGCCUCCCUUGCAAGCUAUGAGACGUAUCAGAGAUAUGCCCCCACCAAAACUGAAGAAUUCUCAUAAAGUCAGCCCACGACUUCAAGGUUUUCUAGAGAGAAUGCUUGUUCGAGAUCCGGCGCAAAGAGCCACGGCGACCGAAUUAUUGCAACAUCCGUUUCUCAGGCAGGCACAGAGUCCAAGUAUUCUAAUUCCAUUAAUGAGGGGUUCUAGACAUACGAAUUGUUGACAAGGCAAUGAAAAAGCAAACGAGUUCGGUAAUUAAUUCAUCAACACCGACGCUGAUUACGAGAAUAAUUGUGUCCACGAUUGUUUUUCUUUUAGUUUGUUGUUACAUUUUAAGAUAUGUAGAGCUUAGAGACGUUCAAAUGGCCUUUGAUUGUUAAACGUGUACUUACAUUCCAUUGUGGCCUUAAUAUAGAAGCGUUACGUUAUAGAUCUGUCUAUAUUAUCUGCGGUAUAGGCAUUAGUAUUGUAGAACAUAUUUUUUAUAUCGAAUUAUUUAUCGAAUCAUAGUACACACUCAAGUGCCUUUGCUAAGCAGCGUCGUUUUUUCGUGCGCUUUUCUCUUUUUGUGUUUUAUUUCGAUACCUACUUUAUUACUCAUUAACCGUGGAACAUUUUGUGUGAGAUGAUAAACAGAAAUCUCCCACUGUUGAUCUGGAUGCCGGCAAGAGAUGCGAUUAAUCGACCGAAUAAAAACUACUUUUGUAAAUGUUGUUACUAUGCGUGUUAUUAUGCAUGUACUUAAGGUUUUAAUCGAAUAGUCAUAUUUAAUCGGAAAGUAUUAAUAAGGUGAAAGCGACAGUGGCCACCUUAAGAAAGAAAUCAGUGUUUUAAUUGAUAUUCGUCUUCUGUAUUUAAGAAAAAAAGAACGGUAAUCAUACCUAACUUAUUCAUUGCGCGUUGAUAUCUAAUUACAAAAAAAUUCAAUGAAUUAUAACAUCUUUAAACAAUAAUUGCCUAAAUGGAUAAGAAUGAUAAACGGAUCAGGCUUAUAAUGCAAUGCUGAUUCAAACAAUAUUUAACUGAUAAAACCGACGUAUGUUGUUAAUCUAUCAUGAAAAAAGUAUUCUAAGUUCACAAGUUCAUAAACAAAUCGUUCACGUUUGAAUAUAUACAUACAUAUUCCAUGUGGACGGAACACGAGAUAAUAAUCUUGAGAUGAUAAGUCGUAAUGCCAUUUAUCCUGAUCGAACGAAAGGUCAAAAUACAAUAUGGAUAAAAGCCACCGACCGACCAGACGAUUUAAAAUCGAGUAAGCGACUAAGAUAUAUAUAUAUUAUAUAUAACAAUAGUAUAUUUACAGGAUGUGUAGAUAUUACCAAAUGUUAUGGCGUAGAUGAAAUGUGUAUACAAAUGGCUCAUUGUAUUUCGAACUGUGGACUCGCUUCGCACACAUUCAUGAAGAUUGUAACAUGUAACACGUUCUCUCUUUCUAUCUUUACAGUUUUCUAUGCGUCGCUGCGUCGCUGAAGGAUGUAUGUAGUUACGUAUUUUCUAUGUAUGGAUGCGAAGCUGGUCCAGAAACCACUUGAGUCAUCUGUACGUACAUACGCAAGAACAAUCGUUGUAGAAUAUUAAUUUACCUGCCAUUUAUGACGAAAAUCAUAUGAAACGAUUUGUUGUACUUUUAUUGUAUUCGCCACCAGAAGUAACAUUAUCAGUGGCUUGUGCUAUGUAGUCGAAAUCAUGUAUCACAUGCAUACGAUAAAACGUCGAUUAUUGAUUAUUGAUGAUCUGUCUACCAGAAUGGAAUUUGAACAUUAAGCGAUCAAGCAAGAAAAUAAAUUUGUUCAGAUGAA